ACCGGAUGCGAGAUAUCCGCUGGAACAACAGGGGCCCUGUCCCCCACCACCACACACACCCCCUCCAUCUUGACGCCAUUUACAGCUCCAAUCCAAAACCUCCUCUCCGAAAAGGACAGUGGGGGGAAAGUAAUUCACGCAAAGAAAAUUCAUUCUCACAACUUUGAGGAUACAACAAACAAAAGUUUUUGGAGGCAGCGUUGCGGGAAACGCCGCCUUUGUUGCUUUUUUGUCAAAAAGAAGGGGAGGAAAAACUACGCUUUUGUACUGCUGUGUAUGGAAGUAGUCGCCUCAGCGAAUGCUUUGUGCGCAUGCGCAAAACAUGAGCUAAACAUUACUGGUUUUGACGGAUGUUAACUAUUUUGAAGAGGGAAUUAACACAAAUUGGAUUUACUUCCACUAAGCGGAGAUUAAAGUGUUGAAAGCACGGAUUUCAGAUGUGUCCCAUGCCAGGUAGAGUGGCCGCGCAGUCCCUCAAUGGAUCCCAGAAGUCCAAGCGCCAACGACGGGGUAGGACAACACCCCAGGCGGUCAUCACAGGACGAUGGGAGCCGACAGCCACGGUCUUUGCAAGCCCACGAUGGCACGCCAGAAACUUGUUUUUCUCCAGAAGUGCUGGCAUUGGAACAGUUAAGGAUAACUGGGAACCACAAUGAGUACACAGAAGGACCCACGAUUGCCCACAGGUCUCUGCUGUCACAGCACAGGCACAAGAAGCGUGACCCAGUUACAAUGCCUGUAUCCAGCACUGAGCAGGAGACUCGGGAAGAGAGGCCCAGUGAUGUUCCAAACCUGCAUGCAAACUCAAGUGUGAUGCGGUCCUCCAGCGUAGAGGACUCGCACAGUAGCACCAGGACCAGCAUGGAGAGCACUUGUUCAGAUCAGAGGCUCCUGGCCAUCCCGGCAUGCGGUGAUCAGAUAAUCAGUAAUCAGCCCAAACGAGCAGCUCUAAUGUCAAACAAAAAAACUGCGCAUGAGGAACCAAGGUUGUUGGUGGCCAUGCCCGGCACCGGGGGCCGUAAGAGGGGCGGUGUGCACUCUAAGUGUGAGCACUGUGGUCUGUGCCGCUGCUUGGAGUGCAGGCACCCACGGGCUUUGCCCUCCUGCUGGAUGUGCGGCAGGCGUUUCUUGUGCUCUGCGCAGCAUGCGGUGGAGUAUUGCACAUGCGUGUGCUGUGUCAAGGGGCUGUUCUACCACUGCUCCAGCGAUGAUGAGGACACAUGCACAGACAAGCCCUUCUCGUGCACGCAGUCACACUGCUGCUUCCGUUGGACCACAGUUUCACUGAUUGGCAUGAUCCUCCCGUGUCUCUUGUGCUACCUUCCAGCCAGAGGAUGUGUCACCAUGUGUCAGAACUGCUAUGACCAAGCUACACGACCUGGCUGUCGGUGCAAGAACACGAUCCACUGUGAGGCUGCUUGCAAGCCAACGUAAAUGGUGUGUUUGUGUGGGACAGAAUUCAGUUUUUUGUCGCGCAAUAACAGAACAACUACUGGCACUGUUCAAAGGUCAUACUUGAAAGCAAAGCAAGCAACACCAAAACAAAUGUUCCACUCAUACAGACUAUUGUGUUAUGCAGAUUCAUUUUACACAAAUGUCCAUACAUUAAUCUUGCCUAGGAAAUAAAAAUAUUGGGGGUGGGUUUUAGGUGUUGUAGCUAUACAGGACUACACGAAACAUCCGUAAACGCAGGUCAAGAAAGAACUAGUUAUAUUUUCUGUUUUUGUUAACAUUUUUAGUGCAUAAGUCAUGAGUCAUCGUGACGACAAAAUGCAGGAUGAAGGUCUAAAAGUUGGUGCUGAUCCGAGUUAGGAUUGCUUUGGUCUGCAUUUUACUGGAUGCCAUUGGAGUUUAAUAUUGAAUUGACUUAAAUGAUCAGAACCAACUUCUAAUUACUAAGUCUAUGUACAUUAGAAAAAUGCAUUAUUUUUGUACAUACAAUAAUUCCGACUGUGAAUCAUUUUCUGGCCCGUGCCCCCUAAUGCGGCCCAGUGAACUGUAUUUACUCAGUGAUAUGACAUGGACCGUAACAUAGAUCUUUUUCACAUUUACCCCGAGCUUGUACAACUGUGCAGUGACUUGUAUAAAAACUUUAUUUUCUGAUUUCUACUUUUCUUAGUGCAAAUUUAAAAUGAUAUUUAUUUGGAAGUUUAUUAUCUUAUAAUACAAAGUAUUUAUUUUUGUGUCAAUGCUGGAGAAAUAGUUGACUGUCACUGAAAAGACAAAUAUAUUAACAUUUGCAAUUAAACACCCUUGAAGUCUGAUAGAGGAUGUCGUUUUUAUUCUGCAAUGUCAAUUGGUGUUCCUCAACUCAACAACGUGCUGUUUUUCUGCGCUUCUCUUGCCUUUCAAUCAAAGGGCUUGUUCUGGAAUUCCUGGGUUUGCAAUGUCCCCGCAGGCCAAACAUAAGAACGUGACACUUGUUGACAGCGACACGGUAUGCAUUCAGUGUCUUGAUUGACACUCUGGGGUCCAAACUGCACUCACGUGUUUGUUAUUCAUCUACAGCCUUUCUGAUUGAAUGCGGGGAGGUUACUUUACGUAAUUAUCAACUUUCACCCAUUUUACGUCUGUGUAGGGUGAUGGAAAUGGGCCGAAUCCCAUUAGAGAGAGAAAAGGGGGACUUGUUCUUGUGUUUGGUCUUUAUCUCGCCAGCCGCAGGCCUCCUCUCUGCUACCAUUGUCUCCUCUGUGAAUGAAGAGGGCCUGGGGUUUGGGGGGUAUGUUAGGAAGAGGGAGCGCAAAGGGUUAAAAGCAUCACUUUGAAUGACAAAGACCAAACUGUUCUGCCCCAUUUUUAGCCCAGCAUGCAUUCAUCCUUUUUCCUUUUGGUAUCUCAAUGCUCCACUCGGCUACCUGCUCCUAUUUGGUAUUCCCACAGUCGGGAAAUGGAUGGGUCAAAUCUCCGUUGGAGCAUCUCUGUGAACUUUGCAUGUUCUCCCUGUGUAUGUGUUUUUUUUUCUCCAGGUACUUGUACCUCCUCUCACAACCCAAAACAAGCAUAUUGUGAGAAAUCAC